AUGGCCAACACCGCCACCGCCACCGCCGCCGCCGCCGUCACCGCCGCCGCGCACGCUACGGCAGGCAGCGUUACGGCCUCUCGGCGGCUGUCUUCGGCGCCGCAACGAAUAGGGCAGCGGCGUAGGCGGCUCUUAUCCUGUGGGGCUACUUCACCGGUGCCCUUUUCAUCAGGGCGCCGCCUGCACAUCACUUAUUGUUCUUCUUCUUCCUCCUCCUCCUCCUCCGGCGAUCCCUUCCUAUCUUGGCAGGGAGGGAGAGUCGAGGAGGUGGGCGAUGCCGGCAACGUGUUCGACUGUGGGAACGACAAGCCCCGUGAAGAGUGCGGAGUGGUGGGGAUAUUGGGCGACCCCCAGGCUUCGCGGCUGUGCUCGCUCGCUCUCCACGCCCUGCAGCACCGCGGCCAGGAAGGCGCAGGGAUCGUCUCCUGCGACGGGGGAACUCUGAAGUCCGUCACGGGGCUGGGCCUCGUCUCAGAGGUUUUCGGCAGCGACCCAUCCAAGCUCGAUUCCCUCCACGGGAACGCCGCCAUCGGCCACGUCCGCUACUCCACCGCAGGCGCCGCCUCUUCCCCCCACAACGUCCAGCCGUUCCUAGCCGGCUACCGAUUUGGGCAAGUCGCCGUGGCCCACAACGGCAACCUGGUUAACUACUCGGCCCUUCGCGCUCGCCUAGAGGACAACGGGUCCAUCUUCAACACCUCCUCGGACACCGAGGUAGUCCUUCACCUGAUCGCCAUCUCCAAGUCCCGUCCCUUCGUCGCCCGCGUCGUGGAAGCUUGCGAGCAACUCGAGGGGGCCUAUUCUCUCAUCUUCCUCACCGCGGACAAGCUCUACGCCGUGCGGGACCCCUACGGUUUCCGGCCUCUUGUCAUGGGCCGCCGCCGGCUCACCGGAGCGGUGGUCUUCGCCUCCGAGACCUGCGCUCUUGACCUUAUCGACGCCCAAUAUGAGCGCGAGGUCAACCCCGGCGAGGUUGUCAUCGUCGACGCCGACGGCAGUAUCUCCUCCCUCUGCCUCAUGCCCCAUCGUCAACGCAAGGCCUGCGUCUUCGAGCACAUCUACUUCGCCCUCCCACACUCAGUGGUCUUCGGACGGCCCGUCCACCGGGAAAGGUACAAUUUUGGGGCUACCCUGGCGAAGGAGUCCCCUGUUCCUGGGGGCGCAGACGUGGUCAUCCCCGUUCCAGACUCGGGCUUCUUCGCUGCCCUCGGUUACGCCGAGAUGUCGGGGAUUCCCUUCCAGCAGGGCCUCAUAAGAUCUCACUACGUUGGCCGCACGUUCAUUCAGCCGUCCCAGGAGAUCAGAGAUCUCGGUGUUCGGCUGAAGCUCGCCCCUGUUCGCGGCAUCCUCGAGGGCAAGCGCGUUGUAGUGGUCGACGACUCCAUCGUCAGGGGCACAACGAGCUCGAAGAUCGUGCGCCUCAUAAGAGAUGCUGGAGCAAAAGAGGUGCACAUGAGGAUCGCCAGCCCGCCAAUCGUGGGGUCUUGCUACUAUGGAGUCGACACGCCUUGCUCCGAUGAGCUCAUCUCCAACCGGAUGGAUGUGGAGGGGGUGAGGAGGAAGAUUGGCUCCGAUUCACUGGCAUUUCUGUCUUUAGAUAGCUUGAGGAUAUCGCUAGGGGAAGAGGCGCCCACAUACUGCGACGCUUGCUUCUCUAGGGACUACCCGGUUCAACCCAUGGAGUAUGAAGUCGCCAGGGCAGAGUUAUGA